AUGGGGACCUCUGGAAGUCUCCUCCUGAAGUCCUUCAUCGGCUCUUCUACCUGUUUCACGAGGCAGGGUAAUGAACCACUGAGGAUCCAGUACUCCCUAGGCAAGUAUGAUGUGAAGCAGAUGGGCACCAAGUACAUGCUGGUUAUUACCAACGUGAACACGAAUGAUGCAGGCAUCUACAGCCUGUCCGUGGGUGACAAGCGGAUGAGAGCAGAGCUCACAGUGCUGGAUGAGCCACUAAAGUUCUUGGGAGAGAUGAAGCCAAUGAAGGUGACAGAGCGCCAGACAGCUGUGUUUGAGAUCCGCCUCUCCAAGAAAGUGCCUAACUUUGUGUGGAAGUUCAACGGGAAGGAGCUGAAGAGGGAUGAAAAGUAUGAAAUCACGGUGUCUGAGGAUGGUCUGACCCACACGCUUAAGAUUAAGGAUGCCAGACUGUGUGACACCGGCGAGUUCUCUGCUGAGGUGGGGGACCUGGUACAGAAGGCCCAGCUCACUAUUGACCAAGAAGGAGACCAGCUCGCCGAUAGCCUGGGCACAGCUGCACCGCCCAAAGCCGUGGACACAGCAUUCAAGGGUUAG